GGAGUCUCUGGUACCUUAUUAUCUUAACAAAUUAUUCUAAGCUCAGUCGGUGCUCCCUCUCCCUCUCCCUCUCCCUCUCCCUCUCCCUCUCUAAUAUCAAGGAAGAACGAGUGCGAGCUCUUUCGUGAUCCAAUGUCAAAAAAUUUCAAGCCCCCCAGUCCUUCGUCUCCCCUUCUGCUUUUCUUCUACGUCCUGUUCGUCCUCCACUCAGCCUUCGCUUCCGUCCAUGAUUACAAGGGAGAGAAGUUCGUGAGCAAGGGAAACGCAUUCGUCCUCCACGGCGGCAGCGAGGGACUCUACUCAUCCCUCCCCAACCCCAAUGUCUCCUCCGCCGUCGCCAGUGGAGAUUCUUUCAUCCGAUUUGAGAAAAUCACAUUGCAAAGGCCGGAAGAAGCUGCUGCAUCGAGUAAAGACACAGACUCGGUAAAGGUUCAAGCCAUAGUAUUUGAAGUGGAAGACCGGGAAACUAUUGGUGGAUCUGUCUACGGCGGUCAGAAAGCUAUUUGCUGCACGGCAGAUCUUGCAAAAUUAGGAGUUUGCACUCAAGGCAAUCUCAUCUUUCGUCCCUCCACCACGAAUCCUGACUGGCCGCAAAUAUUAUCUACUUCUUUCACAGGAAAGGAUCUAGUUGCAACUCUACCAUCAAAAACAAUAUCAGUUACAAAAACAGGGAUGUAUAAUGUAUACUUCAUUAUUUGUGACCCUGCACUUAAAGGACUGGUCAUUGAAGGCAAGACAGUUUGGAAAAAUCCCACUGGUUAUCUUCCUGGGAGAAUGGCCCCUCUCAUGAAUUUCUAUGGAUUUAUCUCUCUCGCCUUUGUUAUACUCGGAAUAUUCUGGUUCUCUCAGUACGCAAGGUUUUGGAGAGAGGUUCUUCCUCUUCAAAACUGCAUAACAGCUGUUAUUGCUUUAGGCAUGUUUGAAAUGGCAUUAUGGUAUUUGGAGUAUGCAGAGUUCAAUAAAACUGGAGUUCGCCCCAUGGGGAUCACGUUUUGGGCUGUAACCUUUGGUGCUAUUAAAAGAACUAUUGCACGGCUGAUCAUUCUUCUUGUUUCUAUGGGUUAUGGUGUCGUAAGGCCUACAUUGGGCGGUCUUUCAUCAAAGGUACAAAUGCUUGGGGCUACCUUUUUUCUAGCUUCUGAGGUUCUCGAAUUGGUGGAGAAUCUUGGUGCUGUAAGUGAUCUCUCCGGAAAUGCUAGAUUGUUUUUGGUUCUUCCAGUUGCUGUGUUAGAUGCCUUCUUCAUUCUCUGGAUAUUCACCUCUCUCUCCAAGACACUAGAGAAGCUCCAGGCUAGAAGGCUGAUGGCUAAGCUAGACAUUUACAGAAAAUUCACAAAUACGUUAGCCAUGACUGUUAUUGUAUCUGUUGGUUGGAUUUGCUAUGAGCUUUACUUCAAGUCAACUGAUGUGUACAAUGAGCGAUGGCAGAGCGCAUGGAUAAUUCCUGCCUUCUGGCAGGUCCUCACCUUUUCUCUUCUCUGUGUGAUUUGUGUUCUGUGGGCGCCAUCCCAGAAUUCAACGAGAUAUGCUUACUCUGCUGAUGCAAGCGAAGAAUUUGAUAGAGAGGAAACAUUUUCAUUGAUAAAGCCUGGGCCCUUCCCUUCUAAGGACACCCAGACUGCUUCUCUGUCUCCAGACAACAAAGCAUCAUUAACUGGCUCAAAAAAUGGAGGCAUUGAAGAAGACAAGCGGGAGUAAGUAAUAAUCAUAGGCGAUAUAUGAGAUAAUAGUGCUUAUAUUAUUAGCAACUUCUUGCCAGCGAUUGUGGCCUAUUAGCUGUGCAGUGGCGUUUUACUUAUUUCGAAAAGAAUGCUUAAAUUUUUUUAUUCCCUUAGUUUUACCCCCAUUUUAUCUCCAUUCGCAUUGUAUAAGACAUUUUUAUUUUAGUAAUCAAUCAGUACUAUAUUGUCAGUGUAAAAA